AUGUUCGCCUUAUACGUGGGCCUCGUCAACUGCGGCGGCCAGAGUCUUGUGUCGCCCCAGACCGCCUGUAAAAUCAGGUAAUUACCGAAACUUGCCGAACGCCGAUCACAAAACACGCCAAUUAUCAGAUGCGAGAACGGAGGAAUGUGCGUGUUCGACUUGGACCGCCCCGACGUCCAUUCAUGCAUCUGUCUGCUGGGAGUUUAUACCGGGGACCGGUGCCAGACUAAAGGUGAUCUAAGGAGGGAUUGGAUCAGAUCUGAAAUCUCAAUUUAAUUUCAGUGCCCACUCCAGAAGAUUUGUCGACUACUGCAGCUCCGGUGGAUCCGCGGACCGCUCCACGUGAGUCUACAUUCAAUUUCUUCUCAUUUAUGAAUCUUCUUCAGAAUCCGACGUCGAAGAAGCUCGGCGACGUGACGAGGAACGGAAAAGAGAGUACGAGAGACAGGUGGCCGAGCGGACGCGCAAACAGAAAGAGGAUCGGGAAAGAGUGUCGGAGGAGGAGAGACGUCGCCAGCAGCACGAACAGUAUUGGAAGGAGGUGAGUCAGUUGUCGCCGAGCCACGGAGACACUUGUUUUGAACACAUUGGGCGGUCCGGGUUGAUUGAUCAAAGGGGAAUUGGAAUUGGGUGGCCGCGAUAAUGGGCGAAGGGUGUCUUGACGAAUUGACAGGAAAGAUUCUGAAGUCAACCUACCCACUUCCAGGAAACCGCCCGUCGUGAGCAGCAAAAAGUUGAAGCUGAGCGUCGGCUCCAAGAGCAAAGAGUACGGGAUGACGAGAGACGCAGACAGUACGAGACAGAAAGAGCGAAACAAGAGGAAAGACGCAGAGAGGUUCGGAAGUAACUCAACCUGCCUACCGUACCUCCUCCAUUUCAGGAAGAAAGUCGUCGAUUGGCUGUUCAACGAGAAGCCGAAGAAGCGAGAAUGCGAGAUGAAGAGAGACGCAGACAGGAAUCGGAGAAGGAGUUGGGAGAGAAGCGAACGGAGACUGUGAAUGAGCAGUCCGAGUACGAAGCAGAGGACGACUAUCCGCAAGUGGCCGAACGGGAAGAUGAGUACGACGAAGGAUACGAAGAGACGACGACGACAACGACGACGGUAAAGACAACGAUGGAGAUGGAAGCGACGACGGGGCGAUCGGAAGGCGACGACGGAAGUGAUAUGGUGAUGGAGAAGGACGAGAUGGAAGAAGAAGAAGAAGAAGGAGAGCCGCUGCGGAAGGAGGACGAGCAGUUGGUCGAUUCGAUCAAGCACGUCUUCGAUAAGGCCGUCGAGGAGACCGUCAAAGAGCAUCCUAUGUGAGUUUCUUGACAACUUUCUGGAUGAGUUAGAAGUUCUACAAAAUUGCUAUUGUCAUGUUUCUCUCCACAUUUGAUCAAUGAGUGUAGCUCUAAGUUUGGUGCGUAUUCAUUUAAUUGGCUGUAAUAGAAGGACGCUCCAAAACCGUUUAUUCAGCUGUCUGUAGAGAUUUCAAAAUAUUUUCAACUGUACACUAUGUUUCUAUGAGCAAUUCGUUAGUGGACAGCUAUUGGAUAUCUUCACUGGCAGCUGAGAUAUAUACAGAUGAGCGGUACUGGGGUGUCCUUUUUAUCCUUAUUUUUCCAGCGAAGAAGACGAAUACUGGGAUGACAGCUCCAAAAAGAUGGAUGAUGCUGAAGCGACUGUGAAGACUGAAGGUAAGGAAGGAAUGAAAAUGUUGAAAAGAGAAAAAAAAGGAAUGUUCAGAAGCGGAAGAGUACGGUAUGGAGGAAGGAACCGAGGGAUGGAUGAUGGUGAAGAAGGAGCACGAGAACGUCGGCUCACGGAGCACAAUCCUCGCCGCAAUCGUAUUUUCUCUGCUUAUUCACCUCUUCUAAAUGCGUCUACUCCACCGUUUCCACUUCUAAUUUCCUCCCUGUUCUUACUCCGCACUGCUUUCCAUCACGGGUCACCCUUUUCCUUUUGCUCCUUUUUCAAUUCGCCUUCUUACUCAUAUCUCCUCACUUUUUCUUCUGCCUGUUUUGUUAACACACUAAUAAUUAUUGCUUUUGCGUUAAUAAACGAUGACGUAAUCCGCUGGCUAAUUACCGUAAUCCCGCAGUCACCUCAUCCAAAAUUCAAUUAACAGGAACAGGUGAAAUUGGUGUGCGAAAGCAGAGAAAUGGCAAAAGUCACCGCCUGUAGUCGGCUCUCCCGACGCUAUUCCGGCAGCUGAGACGACGGCUGAAGCGCUCGAAAGGUGAGAAUUUUCAGAUGAGUUCGCAAGUUUCAGAUGUAAAUGAAAGUAUUUCAGAGAUAAAGGGCAAUCUAAAGAAAAGGGAGAGGAAGAAAUGCCAAUGGUUGUUGCGAAAAGGAACGCGAGAGAACGGACCCGCGUGCACACGGUCAACCAGGUACCCAGGGUUACUGUGCUCUCCUUCAGUUCACUUUCAGGCCUUCCUGGUCCUGAAACAGCAUCUUCCGAGCCUCCGUCAGUUCACGAAACGAGUGAGCAAACUGCGCAUCCUGAAUGCGGCCAUCAACUACAUCGAAGCCCUUCUCAAACUGAUUCAGUCCUCCGACGUCAUUCCCCAGUCGACCAUUUCGGCGACUCUCGGUCCCAUCGUGCCCACUCCUGUCCGUGGUUUUUCGAAAGUCACCAAACCCGAGAUAAUGCUCACCUCCAAUCACUCCCGACACCUUGCUCCGCCACCGCUUCCACCGAGGGAACUUCAUCUGUCCGCGCCGGUUGCCACGUGUGCUCCCGAUCAUUCUCUCGUCGACUACCGUCCGUCUCUCGCCAUGACGCUUGCUCCCGUUCCCGUACAGAUGCCGACGGUGUUCGCUCCUCAGCCGACGUUUCCGUACAUGAAGAGUCUUCUCGAUUACCCCACUUACCUGUACCAACCGCCCCCAACAGCCACUGCUCCGAGUGCACAGUCUCACAUAAUCGUCAACAAUCAGAUUGUGCCAAUGCCUUCUUAUCAAUGUUUUUAGAAUAAUAAAGUAUUCUUUCCCCCGUUCGUUUUGCCCAAAACAUGGAAGAUCCGCGGCACUGCUGCUCGGCCGCUCCAAAACGUCAUUUCUCUUGUUUGACGAUCCGCGCGUAUUUGCCUUUUCCGUUCCGUAUUCGGUCGCGUUUCCGGUCCUUCCACGUACUUUUUGCCGUCUAUAAAAGAGCCGUGAGAUGGGCUCUCCGCCCAUCGCUCUUCCGUCCUCUGAUUCAAUAAUAUUUACCUGCAAGUUCUGGUUACUUUUCCUCUCUGUUUGCCCGUCAUUUCAAUCUGUUUUUUCAGUCUGUCAUGUGGAAGAAAUCCCAAUUUUCGUCCUACAAGAAAGUGGAGAAUCAAGAGGAGAAUGUGAAGAGCCACACGUUCAACUACCAGAAACUGAAAGGUGAGCCCAAAUUGUGGUGAAAUGACGUGGAGUGUUUCAGAGAUGGAAGCCGAGGAGUUGCCGAAACAAACGAGUUAUCCGAGUGCUUCCGCCCAAAAGACGUUCUUCGUUCCGCCCGUUUUCGCCGUGAUUCCACAGAAGUUUAUGUUUUUCGGUUAACCAAUCCAGGAUCUUCCUUGAGAAAUCGUACUAUUUAUUUUCCGUAUUUGAAUGAGAAAAGAGAAAAGAACAAUAAAUUAUUUGCUUGAAUGUCGUCGCGAUUCUUUCAGUUUGGAUUCUCACUCUCCCAUGCCAUCAAAUGACCUGAUCGGCUAAUACUGAAAGGCAAACAAAACCGAAAAAAAAACACAUGAGAAGUUUUUGAAGAGAGUACAAACAGCGCGAUUUAUACAAACACUCCUCUUCCCUUUCAAACAAAUUACGGCGUUUCCCGUCAUCCCGUUUUCUCGCCAGUCUCGUCGUUUUUCGAGGUCAUUCCGAGAGCUGAUCGUAUCAAAAGAUACUUUCAUCAACACUCAACCCAAAGUGAAUCAGCUGAGCUUCCUUUCAUUCCAUUUCACAACCCUUUUCCCGGCGCGCAAUCACAUGUGAUGAGAGGGGAAAACGGCAAACCGGUUGCCGGAUCGGACGGUCAUUUCCUUCCGAUUCCCUCUUUCUCUCCCGCCGAUUUCGCACUCGUCAAUCUUCGUGUCCAACCUGAAAUAGAAAAGUGUUUUAUCGCACAGUUAGAUACUAUCGUUCAAGUUGAUUUUGAUGGAUCGUCCCGCAGUAUUUCAUUGAAACCUAGUGGGCAACGUUUCAUUUGAAUAUGGUGGGACACGAUCAAGGUUGUGCAGGAUUUUUGACCUCUAAACUUUUGACCCAGUGUCAAUAUUUCGACUUGGAGAAUGCAACGUUAAGGCUAUCCUGGCUACAAUCAUGAAAGUACAUUUCCUACCAGUGCGUGACCGACAGUCAUCUCUCUUCUUCUUCCUCUCUCGUCGCCCAAUUAGUUCUUCAGUAGUGACUGUCAUUCUUUUUCAUUUUUCACUCUCUUCCCUUAUUUUCCGCCUUCUUCUUCUUCUUCUUCGUUCCGUUCAUCUUUUGAAUGAAUUCAUCAGCAUAGAGGGAAGCAAUCAUAAAAACGCAAUUACAUACAAAAACACAAUGUUUUCGUGGGGCGGGCGCCUCUCUUCGUGCUUCACUUUCGUACAAUCAUUUCCGUUUCUUCUACUGAAUCGUCAAUAUCAGUAUGAUUAUAUUUUGGGAGUGGACACUUGUAGUCAGUUGGUUUUCGGCGCUCUCACUUUACAUUCGGACCUUCUUUUUUGUGGGCUUUGUUUCCGUUCGUCUUUAUUUUUCUCCGUCUCCGUUUUCGCUCGGAUCACACUCUCUCUCUGCUCGGCUCAUUUGGGUCCAUCGUUGGGACGGAAGGGAACCAGUUUGACGAACCAAUUAAAACGUUUGCGCUCGCUUUGGACUCUGUCGCAGUCCCUUUGGAGAAGGCUGUCACGCAAUCGAAAGUGUCCUUUCUGUGCAAUAAUCUGUACUCGUUCUUGUCAACCUCUGCCCACCGGGACAGUUGUUUCUCAUCCGAUUCACUUGAAAUCAUGAGCUCUUGGUCUCCUCCUCCUCCCUCGAACGUUUCCCUUGUCAAAUAAUUAGUCAUAAUUCCGAGACGACCGUAUCCGUUGCUCUUUGUCUAAUUAUGUGACUCAGGGCCCACUUGAGCCCGAGUGCUUCGCUUUUCUUUCUCUCUCUCUCUCUUUCUGUUCCACGUCGUUCAUCCGCAUCGUAAAAACUUGCUAAAAGCGCUCUCAGUCAGACCAAAAACCUCUUCUCUCGGCAGCGAGCUCCCCCGGGAGUGGGCUCACUUUCCGGAGAGGAAUCUAUCAAAUGCAACAUAAUCUGGGGCGGCGGCUCGCUUCCUCCCGCUGCUCAUCCAUCAAUCAACACCCCCGCGGACCGUCGGACACCUGUCGCCGCCGUCCCAUCCGAUCCGAAUCAUUUCGACACCUUCGGCAUGCUUCUGUUUGAAAUCACCUGGAAGUUUGACUUAACGGGUACACCUGCCUGCCAAAGUUUCCCUUCGCUUUGUUGCUCUUGCUCUUUUCUCCUUUGCUCCUUUGCUCGGGCCACCCCGAAUUGAUCUGUGCGUGCAAAUUCGAGCUUCGGUCCCUCCACUGGCGCCCACUUCCUCCAACUUCUUGCCGAUGAUUUCACGGUCGGGGCGGCUCUCUUUAUUCACGCCUUCCGGAAUUGGGUCGCCGCCUCCACUUAUUUAUGACUUUUAUACACACCGGGUAAUUAGUGACAUGUGUCUGGGCGUGCCACACGCGAGCACCCGAAUAUGCGUCCCUCCGGAGAGCCGCUGCCCCCGUCGCCGGACAUUAUUUUUUGCGCGUUUUGUUGUCGUGUGUCGUGUCGCUGGCGAUCCACGGCUGUGUACAUGAUUCUUCUUCUUCUUCUUCUUCCUUUGCUUAUUUGUAAAUACAUUUACAUUCAAUUCGGACGGCCACAGGAUGAUGUCGGCCCAAACAAAACAAGCACCUCUGAUCUUGGAUCAGGGCUCCGUGAGCCCUACCGUUGCUCGUAGCUAGUCGUGCUGGAGCAAGUUGCAAAAAAAAACAGCUAAAAGAUAUAACAAAUCAUGCUCUCGCUCUGCACCCAUUCAAGAUUUAUGUGACCGACUGCACUACUCUCCCUUUCUGUCUCUUUUCAAAGAGUUUCCGUUCUGAAAGUGACACUCUUUUGUCCGCUUCCAUUUGGUAUUGGUACGUAGUACAAAUGUCUUAGCGUGUCAUUUUGUCGCUUCCGAUUGUAUUCUGAAUGCGUCAGAAAGUGCCCAGUUCAUUAAGUUCAAAUUUCGGCUCUUCGUUAGUAUUCCGUUUUUCGCCACUUAGAAUUCGGACCCAUGAUCCUAUGUUGCGAUGAAUGACUAAUCGCAUUCUCGUGCGCUCCCCAUAAUUAUUGCGUGUCCUCCGAGAAAACUGAUAAUUAAUGUCUGGUGCCGGGCCGCUCAGACCUUUUUGAAUGACUGCUUUUUGCUGGAAGCUUCAGAAGCUUGAUUCCAAAGACUACCGUACUCUUUCACAGCGUCGCCAGGGUAAUCUGACAUCUUCUUAAGACAACGUCUGCCGAUUCUGACCUCAUUUUGUACCUUCUCGUAUCAUUCUCCGAAUCCAUUCUGCCCUCUUCUAAUCCAUGUCUCAUUCAAAAAGUACACCUCUUCUCAGUGGCUGAUAAUCUCGACGCCCGCCCGGAUUAAUCGGCUCUGAGUCCCGUGAAAACCCACCCAGUUGGUGUCCCAAGUCCAUUCUCUUUUCUUCCUUUCUCAAAUAUAUAUUCAUAGUCCUUCUCGCCCCCUCCACAAAAUGAUUUAUGUGCUCCCCCCGUACGCGAUUGGCUCUCCUCCUCUUCCUCAUUCGAAGCACCUUUGCAGGAGAAGAAAACUGAUGAAGCCCACGUGGCUUCUGAUUGUGCUGGCCGUCGUGCUCUUCUCCGCAUGUUCGGCCAAAAAGGGAGGAAGAUCGUCGUCACACGCCCGACAUUAUUCUAGAAGUAAACCGUUUUUCACUAGGAAGUGAGUAACUUUCAUUGGUCCCGUCGGAAAUGGGAAUUGCUUACAGAUACUCGAAGCCCGGCUCAAUCGAGCACACUUCCAACUUCCGUUCGUUUGUGUUCGGAGCCACUUCCGGACUGCUCAUGUUCAACGCGGGAAGACAUAUUAUCCAGGACUCUUCGGAACCUAUUUCGUGAGUUUGGUUGUUUGGUUGUUUUCAAUGGUUCUUUUCAGCUUCGGAAAUAGAAAGUACUUCUGGGGAGAAUCCGGCUACGUGCCUGACGAAGAUCUUCCCGUUCAGUGUAUAAAUCGAAUCGAUCCGCAAGAUCCACAGUUCGGAAGAGUGAGCGUUUAAAUGGUUUCCAAUUCGCUUCUGAAAGAAUCACUUUCAGGUGUACUUUGACAACGAAUCCCGACCGCAGGAGAUCGUCUACGCCUGCCCGGCAGAUCACAACUGUUGCGGGUACGACUGUUGCACUGAAUCCACGUUCUUUACUUCCAUCUUGUAAGUUCCCGCUCUCCCGAACACAUGACAACGUUUCCUCCGAUUCCAGCAGUCUCCUGGUGAUCCUCCUCGUCGUCUCCGUCCUCAGCAUCUUCGUCAUCGAAUGUUUACGUUGGUGUCUCCAUUGUACCUACUUCUGCAAGCACGGCCACUCCCGUGACUUCGAGCCCCUCAGCAUCUGA